CCAACAAACCAUUGUUCAGAUUCUGAUUGUGUCUUUAGGUUUGAAGAUUAAUCGGCAAGGACGAUCAUCAUCAUGACUCCAGUUUUCAUUGUCCUCCUCUUCCUCUCGCUGAGUGCAGUUACUGCAGUAAGUCUGAUCUCUUUGACUCUGGAAGCUCCUUCAGACGUCUCUCACACCAUCGAGGAAGUUAACUCUGACAUAAAGACAAGAGUGAUACACGGAGACAUUUUGCCAAAUUUCAAAAGGAAUGCCGACCCCUGGAUAGCAAGAGGCUGCAAGUGGCCUAAAUCUGGCAACCAUGUCUAUGUACCCAUCACUAUCUCGUCAGUCUACUCCAGAGAAGAGAAGAACAUCAUCAUCAGAGCCCUGCUGACCUUCCAUGAACGCACCUGUAUCCGUUUUAUGUGGAGAAGACGUACGCACAGGAAUUACAUCAACUUCUUCUCUGGAGAUGGGUGUUUCUCUUACCUGGGCCUUCAGGGGGGACAACAGCGGGUUUCUCUGAGUAGAAGAGGUUGUUUGUACGAGGACACGGUGCAGCAUGAGGUGCUCCACGCUCUGGGCUUCCACCACGAACAGGUCCGCUCUGACAGAGACAAUUAUGUCUACGUCCUCACCCAGAACAUUCGGUCAGGAUUUGAAUCAAACUUUGAGAAGGAGCGGACCAACAACCUCGGAACUCCAUACGACUUCGACUCCAUCAUGCAGUACAGCAAUAAAGCCUUCUCCAAAAAUGGUCGGCCAACUAUGGUUGCAAGGGACAAUCCUAGUCGUUUGUUUGGACGUGCCAAAACAAUGAGCCAAAACGACAUUGCUCGUGUCAACGCGCUUUAUUGCUAACCAGUUACUGGUGAUGGAAAAGGGUCCGACCACUCAGCUUGUAAAGAUUACACCAGCGGCUGCAGUCCAAUGUAGUGACGGACCAUCGUCGGACCAACCAACAGCAACCUCUCACUUUCAUUAAGAUUCAACUCAGCCAAUAGGCAGUGAAAUUAAUGAUAGCUUUCAUGUGAUUUUUCUGAUCAAUAUGGCAUCCAUAACUGCAAAAAAAAAAUUAUAUAUACUUAAUAAACUUUGUCUGUUCAUAAAAUUCCAGUUG